UUUGACAAGUGUUUUGGUCGAAAGAAACAGCUGAGAAUUCUCAACUUCUGUCUGCAGUAGAAACUUAACUGCUCCUCCAUCAUGAAAGCUGCCAGUGUCAACACAAGAAAGUGUUCAGUAUUGCCUCCUAUCAUCCCCGAGGCGGAGAAGGAAUUUCUGGAGAGCCUCCAGAGUUACAUCCUUUCAGAAAUCGAGAAAGUGGGCUGUACUCAGCAAGGAUUGGCUGAGGAGUAUUACAUAAUAUACAGAAAUGUGUUUGAAAUGAUAAUAGAGCAUGCUAAUGCGUACAAGAAUAUCCUGACUACAAUCAAGCAGGAAUAUGAUGCCUUCAUAGAAGCAAUAAAGAAGGGCCAACAGAAUGCCAUCUAUCUUCGUGGGAAAUUAAAGAUUUUAGCCUGCGAGUCUACAACUCUCAUGUAUUAUAAGAACAGAAUUAGUCAGCUGACAGAAAAGUUAAAAAAAAUUGAGAACAAUUCCGAAAGAAUCACAAACUUGAUACAGAAAGUAAGAGCGUUAAGGGAGACAUUCUCUGCAAAAGAAUCUCCAAUCCUGAGCAAGACAGUCAACCCUGCUAAAGUCAUUCCAGGCAUCAGCAUGAAAGAUUCUCUUGAUAUCAAUGCCCUUUCCGUCCACCUAGCUCACCUCCAAAAGAGGGUGAGGGACCUGAAAGAAGACAUGUUGACAAAGUACAUUCCCCUGGAGAACACUGUAGACAUUGAAGAGGACCUCAAUCGUGCCCUUCGCCAGCGAAAUGUGGCUGAAAAACAGAAUGAGCAGCUGAAGUUUUGUUUUUAUAGACUAUCACAGUUUGUCAACGUUGUGACUAUCUGGGAGAGUUCAGACAGGAGUUUAGAAACCUUGCACCAGCUCAUCUUUCAAAUGAUAGAAAAUGCAAAACUUUCAAAAGAUACACUUGCCACCAGCAUUUCCAGUGUAUUUGAACGUGACCCCAGCAAAAGCAAAGAGGCUGAAGACCUGAUUGAAUACAUUGAAAGGUUCAAUGAACUAUUUUCCCGUGGUCAGUAUGAGGCUGCUGCAAUAUAUGCAGCAAAUUCUCCAAGAGGAAUACUCCACAAUGAAGAAACCAUGGAGAAAUUUAGGGGUGUUGGCCCAAUCAAAGGGAAGGUUCUCCCUCUGCUCAUGUACUGCGAAGCUCUAAUAAGCACAUGCAUAGCUACUAAGCAGCCACUUCCAGCAAAUUUGGUAGCAGAAUCCAUCCAGUGUGCCUUGGAUGAGAAACGGUUAGACCUGGUGAUGCACUGGGUCACCCUGCACAGACUGGCAUUCUGUGAGGAAGCCGGCGAUGCGAUCUUCAAUUAUGCACAGGUAGAUAAGCGCAAUGAGUCCCAGUGCUACGCUUUGGCUCAGAUUGUCUACCUUGAAUGUGGAGUGCACAAAAAAGCCGCCCUGUGCUUGUGCAAACAGGGACAGAUCUAUGGAGCCAUGGAUUACCUUCAGGACUGCAAACGCUUUCCCAGAGAGGACUAUAUCUUCCUACUGCAACAUUGCCCUAAUGUAGAACUCAUGCGCUGCCUAACUCAAGAGUGGAAUGGGCAGCCACCCUUCUUGUCCCUCGGGGAAACAGUCCUGACACUCAUUGACACAGAGCAGAGAGUCAUUUGUCUACGAUUGUUGGAAGAGAUUUCCAAGGAAGGCAGCGACGUGCUGGAAAAAAUGAUUGUAAAGGAUAAAGAAUGUAAUGUGGAUGGUUGGAAGGAAAUAGCUGAAAUAUGCCAGAAUAUCAGGAGAGAAAAGCUAUCCAAGUUUCUCAUCACGAUCCUGGCUGCCCAGGAAGGAGUGGUUGAAAUACCUGAUGGUGCAGAGGAUGCCAAGUUAAUGGAACACGUUUUCUGGUAAUUUCCCUGAAAAACACAUGGGGGAGCUCUUUGCCUCCAGAGUCACUUCAACUGGGUGAAGACUCAACAAAACCUGACUUGUGAAUGUCCUUUCUUCUUAGAAACAAUAAGAUAUUAAACACUUGUGUGCCUGUCCUUAUUGGGAGAGCUGUUUGUCAUGGCACAAUAUGACUGUAUCAUUUGAAGUCUGUAUUAGAUUUGGUUUUGGAUACCGUCAUCCUUGUUUCACAUAAGACUUGUUCCAGAAGGGUAGAUGUGCUAAGUCUGUUAUAGCAAAAAGCCUGGGGCAGGUUUAAAGACUCUGUUCCUAGCAGUUCAUGGUCAUGGAGUUUCGUGUUCAUACUAAAAUUAUUUUAAUUUCAUUUCUCCUCUAAUUUCAUUUUUGUCCAACUUUUUCUUCUUCUGAAAUAGUUUCUGUCCACAUGACUUGGUCCAUUUUUUCAAAUUGAAAAAUUCCAUAUUUGCACAAUUGCACCAAUGCCACUGGAUCCAAUGGUUGAAAUGCUCCCUCCCUCUCACUUACAUGCACACAAUACCUACCCCAAAAGACUUACUCGGGGCCUUCCCACAUGCCAUACUGGGCUAACAUUUGGUUUUGGUUUUUUUUCUCCAACAUCUCUACUCCCAGGUAGUUGGGAUUGCAGACUUAAUUUAUCAGAGAAGCUAGUUGUAAGAAAAUGUAGCCAGGAUCAUUCAUUUGUGAAGGGGUUGUUGUUGUUAAAAAAAAAGCAGACUUCAGCCAAGUAAAGUUAAUAUCUGACUUUUGGGAUAUAGUUGUCACUAACAAAAAGCAUGGCAGUUAUUCCCAAAGGCUUAAUUUUUGCUUUGGGACUCAUAUAUUUUCUGUAUGUUUUAAAUUAUGGCCAUAAUUUUUUUGUGACAAUUUUUUUGUUUUAUCCUUUUCCGUAAACCACUUCGGGUUUUUUUUCUACAAUUAAGCAGUAUAUAAAUUUUAGGAAAUAAACAAAAUAAAUAUACUAACUAGUAUAGGUUUUUAGGCCAGGGACAUUUCCUGCUAGGGGUUGAAUUUAGGACCUUCUGCAUUCAACGCAGGUCUAUCACUGAGCUAUGGCCCCUCCCAGCACCCCUAAACUAUAGCAGCUGAGAGGGAAAAGACCCUUUAUGUUUUUGCAGUUACAGCUGCUUCCUCUUUCGCAAAUGCACACAUGCUAUUUCCAGGAUGCAACUGCAUUUUCGAGUCUUCAAAUAACUAUAAGAUAGGGCAUGACAUCAGCUGUGCACAUUGAUUUUAUAUCCAUUUUUCUGCUGGGAUCGCCAAGUCCUUGCCCUUUGCAUAGUCAGGAGAGAUAAUGGAUAUGGGGGAGCAUUUUUUCCUUUCCUUUUUUACAAUAUGAAAAAAAUGAUAAGCAAAUCUUUACUAGAGUUACUAAC